UAAAACGCGUGUUUGUUUUCGACACGCAUAAAUGUCAUAAAGCCGGCACAUUGGAAAUUUGAUUUCUCAAGACGUCUUACGAAUUGGAGUCCAAUUUGAAGUUUCAUCCAUUGCACAGAUAGUAAAAAUGGUGCAACGUGUGGCGACAGAUGAACGUCCGUUUGAGACGCCAUCAUCGGACGAGAGCGGACUGGGGCGCAGUGACUCUCCUAGUGAGGAAUCUCAGCCAGAGGCAGCAUUAGUGGUACCACCGGAUGGCGGAUGGGGCUGGGUUAUCGUGGCUGCAUCUUUCAUGUGCAACGUGUUAGUCGACGGUAUCAUUUUCUCCGGAGGAAUACUGCUUAAACAUAUUAAAACAGAAUUCAAUACAACCAGUGGCCAUGUGGCGCCCAUCAAUUCAUUGCUGGCUGGUUCCUACCUUCUCUGUGGCCCCUUCGUUUCCGCUUUAGCGAACAAGUAUGGAUUCAGAGUAGUGACCAUCAUGGGCAGUUUUAUAUCAGCUGCUGCUUUCGCUGUGUCUUACUUCGCAACAAGCGUUGAAUACCUGUAUCUGGUAUAUGGAAUCAUUGGAGGUAUCGGUUUCGGCAUGAUCUAUAUGCCGGCUGUGCUGACCGUGGGCUUCUACUUUGAGAAAUGGCGCGCGUUGGCUACUGGACUGGCUCUCUGCGGAUCCGGAGUAGGAACCUUUGCCAUGGCACCUAUCACUGAGAGGCUUAACGAGAGUAUUGAAUGGAGAGGCACUAUGCUCGUUACUGCAGGUCUGUCGCUGAUUUGCGCACUCUUUGGAGCACUCUUCAGACCGAUCAAACCAGUACGCGUGACCUUAGCGGAUCAAUCGGAAGAUAACGCUGCCAAGCGUCAUGAGGAAGCAGUUGAAAAACUAAACUCCAUGCUAAAGCUGCAGAACAAACUUGACUCCGGUAUCUCCAUGCCACCAGAAAUGAGAUUUACAAACAAAGUAAGUCCUCACACCUGGAUGGGAGUCGCCAACAACACACGCUAUCCGACUGCUGAAGAAGUCUUCCGUGGAAGCAAUUCACAUCUUAGCAGAAGAUCAUCGGCUACUGCAGGCACUAUGAAGCCCCUUGGAAACAAACCACUAUUCAUCGCAGUGCCUGUGGCUGAAAAAGAUGAACAAGAAGAUUCCAACAGUCAAGUCGAUAAUAUGGAACCCUUGAUUGUGCCUGGAAUUAAAAUGGUAGCUAGAGAGGCAAGGUCUGGUAGAUCGCAAGCUGAUUUAGCUCGCCCACUAUACCGUGACGAUAUCUUCUUCGGUGCUAGCUUAACGCGUCUGCCUCAAUACACGUCUCGAACGUCCUUAGGUUACCACUUAGCUGUUACACAUGUACCGACUCAGGAAGAUGCACAAGAGGAACGAUCAGGAAGAUGCAAACUUUGCCCCGAAGCCGUGAGAAGAAUUCUAGCAACUAUGUUGGAUGUAAGCCUUUUCAAAUCUCCGACAUUUAACAUUCUAGCGAUCAGCGGAUUCUUUACGAUGUUAGGCUUCUUCGUGCCGUACAUGUAUCUAACAGAACGGGCACAAAUCAACGGAAUGGAUAAGGACACUGCAGUUUUCCUGGUUUCUGCUAUUGGAAUUGCUAAUAUUGUUGGACGUAUUGCUUGUGGUGUACUGUCAUCGAUGCCGCAAGUGUCACCAUUGUGGCUUAAUAAUAUCGCUAUAACUGCUGGAGGAAUCGCAACUAUGGUCAGCGGUAUUUGCUACAACGAAGUUUUCCAGUUUGGAUAUUGCACUAUCUUUGGGCUUGCUGUCGCCUGUUUCGCGUCUCUACGGUCAAUCUUGGUGGUGGAGUACUUGGGUUUGGAGCAACUGACCAAUUGCUUUGGACUGUUCCUACUGUUCCAAGGUGUUGGUGCACUUCUAGGCGCUCCCAUUGCCGGUGCCCUAAAAGACUUUACUGGUAGUUACGACAUAUCCUUCUACGUUUCUGGCGCAUUCCUUCUCCUCUCUGCUGUAAUGUGCUACCCUAUACCCUGCAUCAGUCGGUGGGAGAAGUCGCGCAACAAACUGAACUCUAACCAAAAAGUCUGAAUACCGUCUACCAGACAUAUGGACUAGUUCAUGUACAAGACACUAGGUACCUACUACCCGACUAUUCGGUUUGAAAUAGACUGGUGCUAAAUUCUCAAUAUAAAUAGUUAUUUAGCACUUUGAGAGCAGUUUUAACAAUCGUAUUUAUUCUUUAUUGAUAAAGGCGAAUAGUAUAUAAAAAAACUGAAGAGUUGAUUAGUUAGAUCAUAGAGGUGAAUACGUACAAAUACCUAUAGAUGAUGUAGUUAGCAGCAUAUUACAUACAAUAGUAUAUUUUUAUAAACUGCUUUCGAUAAGUAAAACAAAUAUGAAAAUUACUGUCAGUGUGGGAACAUUUUGCUUCCACUUUUAAGUAUAGAAUCUCGAGAUAAUCAAAUAAUUUUACAUAAUUCAAAAUGUUUAUAUAAUGUACUUGUGAAAUAAAUUUGCGUGAAUUGUGUAUUAUAGGUAAUAAACCAUGAUCUGGACAAUGUCUCGAAUUAUAAUAUCACUCUUACAAAAUAAAAACAUUCCCUGCAAUCUUUGACAAAACUGCUAAGGAAAAAUAUCGCGGAAGACUCCGCCGAAGUCGAAAUAAUGCAUUUAUACUAUAUAGGUUUAGAAAAAGUACAAAGAUUCGAGAUGUAAAAAAUUGAGCAGUUUUGUUAAAGUCCCACACCCGACCUAAUAAACGACCUGAAGCCAAAAUGUACUUUAGUUGUAGCAGAAAAUUAUUACUUAGAAUGUACCUAACUUCAUUUUAAAAGUGGUGCAUAAAUAUAAGACUCGAUUUUAAAUAAGGUAGUGCAUACAUUGACUGUCAAUGUACGAGAUGAGUGACUUUUCACAUUGUAAUCGUUAGGUUUAGUUAAUUGUACAUUAAUUAUAUUUGUGCCUUAACAUACGAAGUGACUUAAGACAAAUGUUUAACAAAUCGUGAUCAUUUUAGAGUGUAUGUCAUUGUACAAGUGUGUUAUUCUCCUUUUAUUUAAGGAGGAAAAUUCCAAAUACCCUUUAUAUUUUAUUGUGUAGUUUUAUUUGUAGGCUUAGUAUAAGGUGCGGUAUAAUUUUAUAAUAUUUUUGGUGUUGUAAUUAGGUAUUUUUAUUAUAACUCCGAUGUUAAAAUUCAAAAAAACUCUUCGGUGGUUUUGGGUAUGAGAGCUGGUUGCUCUUAUCUUAUCUUUUUUUUAAUGAUUUACUCUAAGUACUUACAUACUACAAAUAGCUUCAAGUCCAAGGACUUCGAAACAUUUUCAGUAUGAAUCUAUAGUCUAUUUAAUAUCUUAAGAGUCGCUGAGAAAAUAUUUUUAAUUUUUAUAAACAUAAAAGUGAUGGACGUUACUUCAAAUUAUGAACUAAUGUAAAAUUUGGAGCAUCCCUAAACUAAAACAGUGUAAGAAACCUCUAUUUAUUCGUAAUUUAUAGUAAGAACUACUGUGGCUGUGGUUACUAUAGCGUACUAUUUUUAAUGUUUAUAAAUAAGAAAUCAUAGUCAUCAGUCUUUUGGGUUGCAAAACUCUAAUCUUUGUUUCAAUCAAUUCGUAUUUCUAUAUCAACUUCGAUGCCUCAUUCAAAUUCUGAAACUUUUAUUAGGAUUUGAUAGAAAUUAUUUCCAUUUUCUUUGCUUUUCUUCGAAUUACUUAUUUUCAAUGUUUCUUAUUUCUAAUUUUUAAUCAUAAUUACUUAUACCUACUUUUUAUUUUCGUAACUGUUGUCUUUUUUGUUUUCUAAUUUAGAAUUUUAGUGCAAAAAUAUAUUCUCAUAAUAAUUUAGAUGAUACAUUAAACGAUUCUGGUCAUUUUUUAAUUAAUAUAUUUUUGUUGGUUUGUAUAUUAAAUGCAAGUUUUUUUGAUACAUCUGUUGAUAUAGACAUAUAGAGAAAAAGAUUGUAUUUACUUGUGUAGUUUUAAUUUUGAUGCCUUUAGACAGUGUGUUUGAAAGUGACUAUGAUUUUUUGUGCGUGUGGAUGCCACAGUGCCAUAAUUAAUGUUAAAUUGUUUGCAUGUUUAUAGUUAGGGCCUAGUGACCCCAUUCUGGUACUCGCGUAUGUUCCUAUACCUUUACAAGACGUGGUGUGACUAAAAUUAGCCUAUAUUUUGAUAUCACAUUUUACUAUAAUACUAAUAACAUAUCAAUAGGUUUUAGGUCGUAUCUAAAAUCUCUAAGUUUCCUUUUCCUAUAAAUUGGGAAAAAGAAAUUUUUAUUUUCGCUGUUUCUAUGUAGAAAUAGAAUACAAUGUGCUCAUAACAUUUUACUGUAGUAAUGUUUUAAAAAUGCAGGCGGCC